AUGUUCUAUUGGCGACACAUUUUUCUCUUUGUUCUCUUCGUAAAUGUUUCUUUGGCUAAAGUGUGCUCUUCAGAAGGCAUUGUGCCGUUUACUGGUUUUAAAUUUACUCGAACCUACCGUGUUUCUGUAUAUCCUUUAACUAGCCAGAGAGCCCUAUUGAUCACCCAGUGUAAAAAAGGCAAGGCUAUUUCCUCUCGCACAGUGGAAAUCCAAUCUGACCGAGACAUUGAUUUCGAUACAGUAUUUGGGUUCAAGUUUGAUAAUCCUCGUCUUCUCAACUACUCCGGAACCACAGUUCAACUGCAAGUGUCACAAAAAUAUAAGAUUGCAAGAAGACGACUCUACGCCAAGCUGAACUUAGUCUACUUUCUACCUUACACAUUUGUUGGCGGACUUUUCCGCUGCGAAGAUUCUUCUUCUUCAAAACACAGAGAACUGUGUGAUCCAGAACAUGCUACACCUGUAAGUCCGUUGGUGGCUGAUGACUCUAGCAAACACUGGAUGUCACUCCUGAUGAGGCCAGUAGGCGUAGUACACAAUGUCCCAUAUCUUCGAACCGCCUCACGAUGGGAUCCCAGGUUCCCGAAACUGAUUGCGUGGGAGUCGGCCGUCAAUGUGAAUGAAAAAUACAACUACGAUAAACUGGAGCUCAGGCUGGUUUCGAUGGCAAUUGCAAACACCGCCAAUUAUGUUCACAAGCUAACACGCUUACCAGCUUUUCCCCGAGGGCUCUUCACUCGGUCCAACGACUCGUCUAGUUUGAGCAGCCACCUUUCCUUUUUCCUAUCGACCCUAGAUUCCAAAGCAAGAUACUUCCACAUUGGUAAUCUCCAGAAUAUAUGGGAUAGCGUAUUUCAACAAUGA